AUGUUUGCAUCACUUAGAGGCUGCAGGUUUGGUAUUGCACGCUUUGGUUUGAGUGUGAUCAUUCCAUCAAAUGGCUUGCAUUCAGUCAGUAGAAGUGUUUUCAAAAUUACAAGUAUUGCAAGCAAAUAUAGGCAUUACUCAGGUAUUGCAGGCUCUAUUAGGCCAUACAUACAGAGAACCCCAUCAGUGCUACUUAGAAGUGCGGUGAGGUUUGCUUCCACUGCAUCAAAGACCGAAGUCAAAAAAGCAGGCGAGAAAACUGUAGUGCUGGGCUCAUCUGCAAUUGGAUUAAGCCCAAAGGAGAAGGAGUUGGCCAUGAAACUGGGCUGGGAGGAAUUUCUCACGUUAAGAAAGAAGCAGAGGAGAAUUUCGAUAGUGAGUUCUGUUAUUGGCACUCUUAUAGCGAUGGGUAUUGCUUGGGUCUGGGUUGCAUCAAAGGAGAUAGACCCAACAGAGACGAUUUUUGGCUUGGAUGCUUUCACUGUCUAUAUCGGUGGAAUAAUGUGUGUUGGUGUUAUUGGCUACUUGUUGGGACCUCCUCUUAUUGGAGAUACUGUAUUCAAUUUGACCCACAGAGGUAUCAUGAGCUCAUACAGAAUCAAGCAGAAGAUGUUCUUGAAGCAUGUGCGUAAGAUGCGUGUUGAUGCCUCUAGGCAGAGUAUGAACAAUCCUGUUCCUGACUACUAUGGUGAGAAAAUCGGCUCUCUGAAUGACUACAGACAGUGGUUGAGAGAUUGCAAUGAGUACAGAAGGAAGGCCAAAGAAUUCUUGUGA